AUGUCAGCAGCACUAGUAGUACACAGGCCAGACGAUAUGAGCCUCAAAACACCACCACCGAAAUCGCGUACGGGCAAGUCCAAGAAGAAGGGCGGGAAGGGGGUUGUGAUCGACACGGACGCUGCGGGUGGGAGUGGGGAGGGCACACAUGGGCUGCUGCUCAACUUUGAUCUUGAAAUCGAAAGCAAAGAACGUCAAUUCCGCUCCGAGCUCCAGAACGCCUUGAGGGCAUUCCGGAUCCGAGGGGAAACAGAGAUCAACCGGAUCCCGCCGAAAAUGAGGGAAAUGACGGUCGAGGAGGUGGAGAAGAUGUGGGGUGGGAAUUGGGCAGGGACAUUAGGGCGGAUGGCGAUGGAACGGCAGAGGGAGGAGGAGGGGGAUGAGGAGGAGAAGGAGCGAGUUAUGCGGGAGGGGGUUAAGGGGAAACGGAAGAGAGCUGGGGCGGCUGCGGAGUCAUCACCUGAGCGAACUAACAAGAAUGCGCGAAAAGACGGUACCCCGCUCAAGACUCGACCCGUCCCCACGAUCCCAUCUUCGACGUCCAAGAGAAAGCUUGGAAAGAAGGCCGUUCCAUUCGUAUCUGCGAAUCCCUCACAAAAGGGUCCCAGCAGCCUCCCCCAAAACCACAUCUUUAACCCAUCCCUCCCUCCUACACCACUGCGCAAGAUGAAUCCCUCCGACAUCCUCGUCACGAUGAACGGCUCCCCCGUCGUCAACCCCUUAUCGAAAUCCACUCGGGAUCGCCAAGCCAUAGCGGGACCCUCUACCCACUCGGCCGUCCAGCACGCCGGAAUCGCCGAAGAGGAAGAAGAGGAGGAGGACGUUGCGGACGACGUCACAGAAGGGGACGACUCGGAGGAGGAUGACCUGCCCGACGUCGAGGCGUACACGGCCACCCUUCUGGCGCAGUCUCAAUCCCAGUCUCAGCCUUCUCGGUCCGCCCCGACUCGGUCCGUCCGGUCUAAGCGGAAUCCCUCGCUCCUGUGGCAAGAAGAGGUCGAGACCGGGGCCGGCGCCGGGGCUGGUGCGGGCAUGGACGCAGGCAGGGAAACUGGGGAUCAACCCAGACUCGCCGAGGUGAAACUCCCCAACGGCCAGUUGAUUCGGUUUGACCCGCUCAGGCUAGAUCGGGUGGUCAUGAAUCAGGAGCUGGAGGAUCGGGGGUUGAGCGCCAAGGAGAGAGAGCAGGUGGGCAAGCUGUUGCAGAUGGAGGUGGUCAAGGCGCUGCAGAGGCAGAUGGAGAGCUGGUCGAUGGCUUGA